AUGGCCCGCUCACCCCCCAGGGUCCCAGAUGCUUGGCGCAUUUGUCACGGCGACAGAGAGCCCCACCGAAGCCGAAACAGGGAUAAUUGUGGUUUCUCAGAGGAUACUUUGAUUGAUUGUCAGUCAAGAGAGACAACCGAGUCGUCGUUGCACUGUGGGUGGAGCUUGCCAAGGCUUAUCGAUAAGGUAGCCGCGCCUCUGACGGUCGCAGAAGCAAUCAACUGUUUGCCUCCUACAAACCCAAACCCCAAAUUUCAAUCAUCGUCAUCGGCACGCAAACGACAUCAUUUGAUCAAUAUGGGCUUGGUGGACUACUCAGACUCGGAUUCCGAUGCCGAACUUCCACAACCACAGGCACAGAAACCAGCGUCUGUCCCGGCAGCCAGCGCCGCAAACAAUAAGAAGCCAUUUCAGAAGCUUGUCGGAGGCUCAGGCAAGAUCGUUGUCAACUUACCGACCACGAGCGCGGCAGGCAAGACUGCCGACAAUGACGGGCCACACGCGAAACGCGCCAAAACGACGACCGGCGGAAGUCGAUUCGGCAAUUUUGGCUCUUUCUUACCACCACCGAAGAAAACAACUGCCAUCGCUGCAUCAUCCGAUUCCUCAUCCGAUUCCUCUGCGAGGCAGCCAGGCUCAGCGCCGGCACCAAGGGUGAACUUGAGGACAGGCGCGGAACCAGCUUUUGUAAGAGGAGGAGACGACGGCUAUGGCGAUAGCUCAUCGACAUCAGGAGGCGGUGGCCUCAACCUCCCAGCUCCCAAAAAGAGCUCUGGUCCAUCAAUACCCGAGGGUCAGAAACCAGAAUCGGAGGUCAAGCUGGUGGGGAAGCCGCUCAUGUUCAAGCCGCUUUCAGUUGUGAGGAAGAAGACUGGACUGAACGCCAAAAAGAAGACGACAGCAACAGCGACAGUAGCGAAGACUGAGGUUCCAGCGCGGGUGUCGACACCGACAGAAGCAGUGAUCACAGACCCGCCAGUACCCCCGAGUCCGCAAAAGAAACAUGUCUCCCUGUUCUCCGUCGACGACGACGAAGAUGCUCCUCCACCUGUCCCCACGGCCACAACAACCACGGGCGCCUACGAGCCUUUAUUCACAGUCCCAGAACCCUCUCCUACCUUACAACACGCACAUGAUGUCACAGCGCCUUACCCUGUAGAAACAACCCAACCUUCAAACCCGGUACCGGACGCGUUUGCCGGCCUUUCCAAGGCAGCCCGCCGUGAGCUUUUUGGUCGCUCGGACCAAGUACCGACCAACAUGAUAAACUUCAACAUGGAAGCCGAAUACAACUCCAACGAAGCCCUCAGACAGUCGGGUGAGCAGCAGGUUUACAAUCCGAUCAGAUCGAUUGCUCCAGGCAAGCACAGCUUGAGACAGGUGGUCAACAUGGCCCAGAACAACCAGAGUGCCCUGGAGGAUAGCUUUGCCAAAGGCAAGCAGAACAAAAGUGACGCUGCAGGGAGAUAUGGAUGGAAGUGA